AUGAUCGAAAAUGAUUGCUCAUGUUGUGCAACAAUCGAAAGUACUCUCAGAAAUCUUCGAAAUGCGAAACAAUUCGCAUUUGAUAUCGGCUCAUCACUCGUAAAAAUUGCAUACUCAUCAAGUGUUUCACGUACGAAAACCAAUUAUGAUAAAACGAUACGUAAGCAUGAUUCAUCAGUGUUACGACUUCAUUUUCUACAAUUUCAUAUCGAUAAAUUCCGUGAAUGUUUGCAUUUUAUUCAAAAGGAAUGUGGUCCAUUGCACGUGAAAUCAGCGGUUUGUACGGGUAGUGGGACGGCGCAGUAUCAAAACUCUAUUGCGAAAGCGCUUGGCGUCGAAUUCUAUAAGGUGAACGAGAUGGAAUGCUUGGUUAAAGGGAAUAAUUUUUUGCUAAAUAACGUUCUGGAUGAGGCAUUCACAUACGAUCAUCACAAUCAGAUUUGUAAAUAUUCAUUCGAAACAAUUAAUACCAAAUCACAAUUUCCAUAUUUAUUAGUGAAUAUCGGUACUGGUGUUUCAAUCUAUAAGGUGGAAAGUGACGAAUGUUUUGAACGUGUUGGUGGGAGUUCAUUAGGUGGCGGUUGCUUCUUCGGUAUGGGUAGUCUUCUAACGCAAAUCAACGAUUUUGAUGCGUUGAUGCGAAUGGCUGAAGAAGGUGAUCACCGUAGUAUGGAUAUUCUCGUAUCAGAUAUCUACGGCGGACGGGCUCACAAACUUGGUUUACCAAAUGAUCUGAUUGCUGGUUCAUUUGGAAAAUGUGCAGAUGCUGAAUACGUCGAAGAGGUGAAAAAGAACAGCAAUUAUCGUUCGGAUGUGCUGCGUAGUCUUCUGUUAAUGAUUAGUAAUAGCAUUGGUCAGAUUGGUGUUCUCUAUGCAUCGACAUUAAAUGCGAAUCGUAUUUACUUCGGCGGAUAUUUUGUACGAAACCAUCCAUUCGUCAUGCGUACCAUGACGUUUGCUGUCAACUUUUGGAGUCAGGGUGAAAUACAAGCGCAGUUUCUUCGACACGAAGGUUAUACGUCUGUGAUUGGAGCACUUCUGAAGGGAGUUGAAAUGUUUAACAUGGCAAAUCCGGAUCGAAUUGUAUCAUUCUUUGGGCGAGAAUUACCGCAAGAAGUCUUUAGCGAAAUAGGACGAGAAACAAUUAUGCGUUUGACUUUUUUUUUAGAUCCUUCAUAUAGUUGUUCAUGGAAAGAACAUUAUGCAGGAAGUACGGCGUUAGGUCGUUUUGUACCAACUGCUCCACUAUCUUCAGGGUUCAACGUGGGCGUUCUAGAGAUGGAAUGUUGUGAGAUGAAUCUGUCAAUGUUUCCAUUGCUACGUAAUGAUAUAGUUUAUCGACCAGAUACAGUUUCGUUGAACCACGAUCCGGAAGCUCGCGAAUAUUGGAUUUCUUGUAUGGAAGGCGGCAUCGAAAAGACUGUUGUAAAAGCUGUUGAGUCGCAGGUGAAUUGUACGGAUGCACAAGAACGAGCUGAAAGCGUGAAACGAAAAUAUUUGGAGCACUUGAAAAUUCUGCGCGAGAAACCUUUUGCUUAUGGUUGUUGUAACGUUCGUAACCUUCUUGAUCUACGUGAACAAAUUCUCAAUCAAUUCUUCUUCGACGACGCGUUUUUGAACCAAAAGCGUAUAGAGAAUGAGUUGGCACUGAGUGAACUGCAAGAUGUGUUGAAUGAAGUGGAUCAAAUCGACGACUUACGAGAACGUCAAAUUCGAGUGGUGAAAGGCUUAUUGGCAGGUAACGUGUUCGAUUGGGGUGCGAAAGAAGUGGUCAAGCUGAUGGAGAAUGCCACUGGCGGUGGUCUGACGUUCCAAAUGGCCACAAAUGCCUUACAAAAACGACCGUGGCUAGUUGAUGAUUUGGACGCUUGGUUGAAUACGUUCCUAAGAAUGCGCUGCUAUCGUUGUGCGUUGAUAUUCGUGGAUAACAGUGGUGCGGAUAUUUUACUUGGUGUUUUGCCGUUCGCUCGUGAACUUAUUCGACGUUCAUGCAAGGUGAUAAUUGCGUGUAAUUGGUCACCAGCUUUAAAUGAUAUAACUGCAUACGAAAUGCAAGCGCUCAUGGUUGGUAUAUGUGAGAAAGAUGUAACAUUGCGCGAGGCGAUUCUUCAGAAGCGUUUAGUUGUUUGUGAUAAUGGUCAAGGAUCACCAUGUCUUGACCUCAGGCGAGUGAAUUCAUCGUUAUGUGAAAUGGUUCUAAGUGAAGGUGUUGAUCUGGUGGUGAUUGAAGGAAUGGGUCGAGCGAUUCAUACCAAUUUCGAUGCUCAUUUCACUUGUGAUUCGUUGAAGGUGGCUGUUAUAAAAACCAAAUGGCUAGCCGAUCGUCUCGGAGGUGACGUAUUUUCUGUGGUGUGCAAAUUUGCUCAGGGCGAUAACUCCUCGGAUACCGUCUGCUCCUCAUCACUUUCAUCGCCAUCAUCGUCGUCAUCAUAG